UAUGAUUCUACGAUUCUAUUUGAAAAAAUCAAGGAUGAAGAUUUUCAAGCAAUGUAUCAGCUUGGUGUAAUGUAUUAUGAUGGACUAGGCACCAAGGAAGACCCUCUAGAACAGGGGGGCAAGAAAAUGACCAAACAGUGUAUUCACAAAUCAGAUUCUUUCUGAAAGUUAACAAGACACUUGAAGUUUGCAGCUGCGCAGCUUGGCAGAGCGUAUUACGAAGGAUAUGGUGUUAGGCACUCAACCGAAGAGGCUGAAAGGUUGUGGCUUAUUGCUGCAGACCACGGAAACCCAAAAGCAAGCGUGAAGGCCCAGAGUACAUUAGGAAUGUUUUAUUCUGUAUCAGUUACAAAAGAUCUGAAAAAGGCCUUUUUCUGGCAUUCAGAAGCCUGCAGCAACGGAAAUCUCAAAUCACAGGGUGCACUUGGUGUUAUGUAUCUCUAUGGACAAGAUAUAUGUCAAAACACUAAGGCUGCUUUGGAGUGUUUGAGAGAAGCAGCAGAACAUGGAAAUGUCUAUGCUCAAGGCCAUCUUGUGGAAUAUUACUACAACAGAAAAAUUUACUCCACAGCUGCUGCAGCAGCCAAAAGGAUUAUAGAAAAUGAUGACAUCAAUACGCUAGCAAAGGUAACCCAUUGUCUUCCUACAUACAUAGCCAAGGGGCUUGCUCUGGCUGCUUUCUACUUGGCAUCUAGCCUCCAGCUUGGCCAAGGUGUAAAGCAAGAUCAAGCCACUGCUAAGAAAUACUAUUCUAAGGCAUGCCUUCUGGACUCUGGUGUUGCUUCUGACCUUGAACUGGCAGCUAAUCUCGGGAGAACUUAG